AUGACCAAGUUGCGACGUGGCGAUACUGGCGAUGCCGGCGAAACGUCUGGGAAUGUACCACGUCCACGGUCCUACUCUGGAAACGAUGCUGCAGACAAUGGACCCCGGACUAGGUGCGUUCCAAUAAGUCUUUCUACCAAUAUGACCAUGCGAAAACAAGGUUAA